AUGACAAAAAAUCCGUUUAUGGUGGAACCUUCAGGUUCCCCUACAAGACCAUUGCAUCCGCAAUUGACUCGGUUCCAUACAAACACAAGUGAUCGCUCUGAAGCAGAUGGUUAUGGUAACACAGCUGCUUACGAGGAGGACGGUUCUGAAUAUGACCAUUCUAGGAUGUUCCAAGGACUGCCACAGUCGCCCUCAAGAGCUGCUGCUAGGUACUCUCCUGAUCGCCGUCAUAGGACUCAGUUCUAUAGGGACAGUGCACAUAACUCACCCGUUGUGGAAAGAUAUACGACACAAAUUGCAAGCUCUCCCCGUAGACUCAACCAAGCCGUCUUGGAGGUCAAUGAUUACAGCAUAGGGACGGAAGAUAUGGUAACUAGUCAAUAUUCGAACGACAUAAACUAUGUUCGGGGUAACAAUCUCUUUGGAAAUGCGGCCGCUGAUAGACAAUAUUCAAGAAGCUCCAGGUUGACAACAUCCACGGCAUCUACCACAACUAGAUCUAGUUAUGAUAUAGAGGGUGAGAAAAAGGGCCGCAAUUCGAUUGACAGCUACGAUGACCAAUCAACAAUAUUUUCCACGAAUUUUGCAGAGACCAAAUUUGAAUUAAAUCAUCCAAUUCGACGUGAGUAUGUCAGACGUGCUAAUUCUGAAAGUAGAAGAAGGCCUAUUGUAGACAACUCUCAUUUCUCCAAAACAAUUCUAAAAUUAGACAAUCCAAUCCCAAGAGGGCUAUUGGAUACCUUACCUAGAAGAGACUCCCCCGAAUUUACUGAAAUGAGAUAUACCGCCUGCACAGUUGAUGCUGAUCAAUUUUCACAAGAAGGUUAUACACUGAGGUUUGCAGAGAUGAAUAGAGAAUGUCAGAUAGCAAUAUGUGUCACUAUGUAUAAUGAGGAUAAAUUUGCUGUCGCUAGAACAAUUGACUCAAUUAUGAGAAACAUUUCACAUCUAUGUGGUCGCAUGAAGUCUUCUGUUUGGGGGCCAGAUGGUUGGAAAAAAAUUUCUGUAAUUUUGAUUAGUGAUGGUCGUAGCAAAGUUAAUCAAGGUGCUUUGGAUUAUUUAGCUGCUCUAGGUGUUUAUCAAGAGGAUAUGGCUAAAGAGUCUGUUAAUGGUGACUCUGUGAAAGCUCAUAUAUUUGAGCUAACGACUCAAGUUUCGAUUAACGCAAACCUCGAUUAUGUUUCAAAUGAUAUCGUCCCCGUUCAAAUGAUCUUCUGUCUAAAAGAGGAAAACAAGAAAAAAAUCAAUUCUCACCGUUGGUUGUUCAACGCUUUUUGCCCUGUUCUACAGCCUCAUAUUGUUACUCUAAUUGAUAUCGGUACGCGUUUGAAUGAUACAGCUGUUUACCACUUAUGGAAAGUAUUUGACAUGGAUUCGAAUGUUGCUGGUGCAGCCGGUCAAAUCAAAACAAUGAAAGGUAAAUGGGGAUUGAAGCUAUUGAAUCCUCUAGUGGCGUCUCAAAAUUUUGAAUAUAAAAUUUCAAACAUUCUAGACAAACCUUUGGAAAGUUCGUUUGGUUAUAUAUCAGUGUUGCCAGGUGCCUUAUCUGCUUACAGAUAUAGAGCACUCAAAAAUCACGAAGACGGCACAGGUCCACUAAAUUCUUAUUUUCUAGGAGAAACUCAAGAGGGUAGAGAUCACGACGUCUUCACAGCUAACAUGUAUUUGGCUGAAGAUAGAAUAUUAUGCUGGGAGCUUGUAGCUAAAAGAGAUGCUAAGUGGGUUUUGAAGUAUGUAAAGGAAGCAACAGGUGAGACAGAUGUCCCUGAAGAUAUUCCUGAAUUCAUUUCUCAAAGAAGACGUUGGUUAAACGGUGCAAUGUUCGCAGCUCUUUAUGCCCAGCUCCACUUUUAUCACAUUUGGAAAACAAAGCAUUCUGUAACUCGUAAGAUUUUUUUCCAUAUUGAAUUUUUCUAUCAGUUUGUGCAAAUGCUCUUUUCGUGGUUUGCUAUUUCAAAUUUUGUUUUAACAUUUUAUUAUUUGGCUGGAUCAAUGAAUGGAGUUAUCAAACAUGGUAACGCCGUAUUCAUUUUCUUCAAAUAUCUAAUCUUCUGUGACCUGGCGAGUUUGUUCAUCAUUUCCAUGGGGAAUAGACCUCAAGGUGCCAAACACCUUUUCAUUGCUUCUAUGAUAAUCUUGACAAUAUGCGCUGCCUAUGCGUUGAUUUGCGGGUUUGUAUUUUCCAUCAGAGCUUUACAAUCGAAAUCUGAAUCUAGCUCUGUUUUCACCAAUAUCAUAAUUUCGCUGUUGUCAACCUACGGUGUAUAUACCCUGACUUCCAUAUUAUACUUGGAUCCAUGGCACAUGCUUACAUCCUCAGUGCAAUAUUUUUUUUCACUUCCUGCUUUUACCUGUACUUUACAGAUUUUUUCAUUUUGCAAUACGCACGAUGUUUCAUGGGGUACUAAAGGCUCUACACAAAGCUCAAAACCUUUAUCAAAGGCUAUCGUUGUCCAAGGGCCAGAUGGAAAACAAAUUGUGGAAACAGACUGGCCUCAGGAAGUUGACAAAAAGUUCAUUGAGAUAAAAAGCCGCUUGAAGGAAGUGGAGUUCGAAGAAACAAUUGUCGACGAGUCACAAAUGCGCAAUGAUUAUUACAGAGAUAUUAGAACCAGAAUUGUCAUGAUAUGGAUGCUUUCAAAUUUAAUUUUCAUAAUGUCGAUCACCCAAGUUUAUCAACCCGAGGACGUAAAUAACGGGUACCUAAUAUUCAUUUUAUGGUCUGUGGCGGCACUGGCAGCAUUUAGAGGAGUAGGAUCUCUAUCAUUUUUAUUUGUGAAGUAUCUAAGAAAGAUUGUGAGCUAUAGAAAUAAAGUGAAAGGUUCUGGGUCCUAUAGUUUGCCAAAAAUGAAUAUAUUUCAGAAAAGUAGUUAG